GCGCACAGAAAGCAGCAUGUGCUGCAUGGGCUUCUAUGAAAGCCUGCUCUCAAAGUGGCUUUCCAGGCGAACCUUGCCCAACGACUUUGGCAGGGAUGCCUGCCCGCAUCACUCGCCGCACACCAAUUGUGGCGAGGGAACUCCUCCAUCCGAUCACUGGCGCUCAUCCCGGUCGGCAGGGUUUAGCAGGAAGUCGUUCUCUAUAAAGACCCCCCCCCGGAGUCGCGCUGCCCACCCCGAACGAACGAUCUCCCCUCCGACAGCUCUGCCAUGAGCCACACGUUUUCGCACACGGAUGAACCAGAGAAGGCCGCCUCUCUGAACGAGAAGAGCCCUGAUGUCCUCGCCGUCCCUGGCAUCUUUGCCGAGUCCAAGGACGUCUACGAUGGCGAAGAAUCUGGAGUAGACCCGGUGUACCAUGCCAAGGCGCGGCUGCUGAACCAGGCCAUCCAGGAGAUUGGGAUGGGAAAGUACCAAUGGUAUCUCUUCUGCCUUACGGGCUUUGGAUGGUUCUCAGAUAACCUAUGGCCCAUCGUGACCAAUCUGAUCCUCACUCCCACCAUGGCCGAAUUCGGCGGCUCAGGUGCUUGGAUCAAGCUCGGCCAAGCGAUUGGUCUCCUCAUCGGAGCCGCUUUCUGGGGCCUCGCCGCUGACGUAUGGGGCAGACGCUGGGCCUUCAACAUCACCCUUUUCCUGACAGGCGUCUUCGCCCUCGCCGCGAGCGGUGCGCCGAACCUCGUCGCGCUCUGCGCCCUCGUCACGGUGUGGAGCAUAGGCGUCGGCGGGAACCUCCCCGUCGACUCUGCCGUCUUCCUCGAGUUCGUGCCGGCCUCGCACCAGUACCUGCUCACGGUGCUCUCCAUCUGGUGGGCGCUCGGCCAGCUCGUGGGGAGCCUGCUCGCGUGGCCGCUGAUCGUGAACUUCUCGUGCGCGGGCACGACGCCCGCGACGUGCCCCCGGGCGGACAACCGCGGCUGGCGCUACUUCAUGAUCUGCAUGGGCGGCAUCAUGCUCGUCCUGUCCUUCCUCCGCUUCGCCGUCUUCCGCCUGUACGAGUCGCCCAAGUACCUCAUGGGCCGCGGACGCGACGCCGAGGCGGUGCAGGUCGUGCACACCCUCGCCGCGUUCAACGGACGCACGAGCAGCCUCACGCUCGAGAUGCUCCGCGACGUCGAGGAGGCUGCGCGCGCGGACGCAGGCGUGGAGGGUGGGGAUGAUGCGCCGCGCAUCGACACGAGCGCGCGCGGCGCGCUGUUGAGGAAGCUCCGGGUCCUGAGCACGACGCACCUGCGUUCGCUGUUCGCGACGCGGAAGCUGGCGUACUCGACGACGCUGCUGAUGCUCGUCUGGGGCCUCAUCGGGCUCGCGUUUCCCCUGUACAACGGCUUCGUCACGUACUUCUUCGAGACACGCGGCGCCGAGUUCGGCGACGGCUCCGUGAACAUCACCUAUCGCAACCAAGUCAUCCUGAGCGUGAUCGGCGUGCCAGGCGCACUCCUCGCGGGCUGGCUCGUCGAGCUGCCGUACCUCGGGCGGCGGGGCACCCUCGCGGUCUCCACCGUGCUGACGGGCGUGUUCCUGUUCGCGAGCACGACGUCACGCACGUCGGACGCGCUGCUCGGCUGGAACUGCGGCUACACCUUCACGUCGAACGUCAUGUACGGCGUCCUCUACGCCGUCUCGCCCGAGCUCUUCCCGACCAAGGACCGCGGGACGGGCAACGCGCUCGUCGCGAUCUCGAACCGCAUCUUCGGCAUCAUGGCACCGAUCAUCGCGCUCGAGUCGAACCUGCAGACGUCCGUCCCGAUCUUCGUCGCCGCGGCGCUGUUCAUCGGCGGAGGCGUCAUCGCGAUCCUCCUGCCCUUCGAGCCGCGGGGCAAGGCAUCGAUAUAGGCUGCGUGUAUCACCUAACAUUUGUGGAUGAAAGGGGGUAUCCUGUUUUGUGAGAAUAAAACAUAACCAUGUACUUAUACAAAAACGUGGGCCAACUCGCAUACUACAGAAACAAGUCUCAAGUAGGAAAAAGGGUGUCGCGAAAGAAUAAAACAUAAUCAUGUACUUAUACAAAAACGUGGGCAAACUCGCAUACUACGGAAAUAAGUCUCAAGUAGGGAAAAGGGUGUCGCGAGAACGGUGAGGGACGGGAGGCACGAGACCGUCGGAAUAGUAAAUAUGACAGGCACGCAGGCGAGAACGUUAUCGCCAGGCUAGACGAACUCGAGGACCCCCUUCUUCGCCAGGCGCGGGAGCAGCCGCCCGAGCUGCUCGCGCUCGCCCUUCUCAAACCGCCCGCGCACAGACUCCUUGAGGCGGACGACGCGCAGCCCGCCGUCUGUGUCGGCGUCGACGCGCUCGGCGAGGAGGCCGUCGAGAAGCGUCCACUCGCCCUGGAGGGGCACGCCGCCGACGGCGACGACGGCGGGGACGGGCUCAGCAGCAGCAGCGCCUGCACCGGCGCCUGCGCGGCGGCGCGCGGCGAAAAUGCCCGUCAUCUGUAAGCACGCGAUACGGAGCGUGAGCGUGUGGAGGGUCGGCGCGAAGGCGCGCACGAGCGCGGCGAGCGUCGCGUACGCGGUGCCGUACAGGAAGACGUCGACGGUGGCGUCGGCGGUGGCGGUGGGGGCAACGGCGGUGGCGUCGGAGCGCGCGUCCGGGUCCGCUGGGAAGACGAGUGCGCCGAGCGCGAUGCUCGCGGACUCGAGUGUGGGGAGCAGUGCGAGGUCGAGCGGCGCGAGGUCCGGGGGCGAGAGCUGGGCCUUGUACUGCGCGAGGCUCGGCGAGUCGAGCAGCGUGAAGGCGAGGUGCCGCAGCGAGCGCCCGGCGGCGGCGAAGAAGGGCUCCAGGGCGUAGUACGGGAUCUCGGGCAGGUUGAGCGAGUGCAGGGUCGAGAUGUUGGGGAGGAGUGCGAGGUAUUCUAGGAUGUCGGGCCGCGGACGCACUUCGAGCGAGUGGAUCUUGGUCGCGACGCGCGAUGCGAGGGCCGCGGUGUCCUCUCCGAGCUCUUCGACGCGGCCGUCGAUGCAGGAGAUGAACACGGUGUCCACCUCCCCGAAGAGGCUGAGCAGGUGGAAGAGGCCCCCAGCGGACUGGGCCCCACCGAAUAACUUCCAGCCAAUCAACCGGAGUGCCUUCAAGGAGCUCACGAUGGGGGAACCGAAGAGUAGAGAUUCUGGGGCUGAAAAUGAGAUCCCGUCCAUCUCUAGGGUGUGCAAGUUGGGCAAGCACUUGAUGAUCUCGAUCAGAGUCUCGAGUCGUGACUCUUCGAAGAAUGCAUGGCGGCCUCCACCGCGAGACCAUAGCUUGCGCCAUAGGCACAAGUGGCGUAUGUGUGCGCAGACAUCGGAGCUAGCCCGCAGGUAGGCGAGCACAUCGUCCAAAGACUCGGGGAGGUGGGGGGUGUGGUGAUAUGACGAGUCGAUAUGCUGCCUACGUUGCAGGCGACAGAUCAGCUUUCUGAAGAGGAUCCCUCGAGAGAGUUCAAGGAAAUCGCGUGACACCAAGGAGCACACGGAGAGACAUGCUUUGUCAAGCUGGUGCAAUACGAUAAGUAGGAGCUCGACGGGUAGCCGGAGCUCUUCUGUGCAGGCCAUCUUUCGGGACGGCUUGAGAGAGAUAA